UCGCAGCUGAUCCUCUCCAAAAAAAGAAAAGGAAAGAAAAAGAAAAACAAAAGAAGGCGCAGCGGAAGAACCCCGAAUCCGAAUCCGGGGAGAGAGCGAUCCAAUUCGGUCGCGGAGGCUCCUGCUCCUCGUCUCGCCGCGCCGGCCACCAUGGCCGCCCCGUCCCCUCCGCCGGCGGAAGCAUCCACGCCGCCGGACGCCGCCGAGGAAGACGAGUGGGAUGCGGACGGAUUUGUUAUUCCUAAUUUGUCCAGUCAAGAUGAUGAUGCUACUGAGCCUAGUGUCCCCAAAGCAAAGGAUCCUGAACCUUUAAAGGCAAAAGAUGAGAAGAUAUACUUGAGACCUCAUGGGUCUCCACCAUCUCAAGCAAAGCAACAGGAGUUGAACACAGUUGACGGGAAGCAGCGGUUCAGGAACAAGCUGAAGGAAGCAGAUAAGAAAUUCCCUGGCAAUGCUCAGGAGAACAAGGUGGAAAGCCUGAGGGAGCUGAUGGGCGCUAGAGCAAAUAGUACAGGCAUGCCAAUGAGCUCUACUCGUGAUUGGCUGGACCCACACUGUCACGAAUCUGAAUUUGAUAGAAAACCACACUAGGUGACUGCCAGAUGAUGGCAUCUUGACCUAUAAAAGGUUGAUAAACUAUGUACUGGUGAGGGUGUUAUUAACCAAUAAUAUAUACUGGUCAACAAAUGCAUGAAAAAAAAAAGUUUCUGUGCUCUAAUCCGAGCUCUGUUGUUUUCCGACA